UCAGAACGCGGUCACCUCCACCGAGCAGCGAGUCAGCCGCCUCGCGUUCUGCCCUGACGUCCGAAUAGUCAGAGCCGCGGGAACCGACGCGCCGACGGUGCCCAGGAGCUGAGAGGCGGCCCCUGCCCCCCCUCUGGCCCUCUCCCGCAUCCUCUCUAGGGCCCAGGCGGGGUCCAGGCGGCUGCGCGCCCACGAGCCCGCCGCUUGCGCGGUCGCGCGCACGCACGCACGCCGGUGCGCACGUUCCCUGAGAACCCGGAAGUGCGAGGGAGAGGAGAGCCACGUGGGUGGAGGUGCAGCGCGGCUCGCAUGGGGGAGUCUAUCCCGCUGGCGGCCCCGGUCCCGGUGGAACAGGCGGUGCUGGAGACGUUCUUCUCUCACCUGGGUAUCUUCUCCUACGACAAGGCCAAGGACAAUGUGGAGAAGGAACGAGAGGCCAACAAGAGCGCGGGGGGCAGCUGGCUGUCGCUGCUGGCGGCCUUGGCCCACCUGGCCGCGGCCGAGAAGGUCUAUCACAGCCUCACCUACCUGGGGCAGAAACUAGGGGGCCAGUCUUUCUUCAGCAGGAAGGAUUCCAUCCGCACCAUCUACACUUCCCUGCACAACGAGCUGAAGAAGGUGGUGACCGGCCGCGGGGCCCCGGGUGGGACGGCUCCUCACGUGGAAGAACUCCUCUCCCAUCUGUCGGAGCAGCUCUGCUUCUUCGUUCAGGCUCGGAUGGAGAUCGCAGACUUCUACGAGAAGAUCUACACCCUCAGCACACAGAAGUUCAUCAACGCGGAGGAGCUCGUUGGCCUUUUGGACACCAUCCUCAAGAAAUACAGCUCCAGAUUUCACCACCCCAUCCUCAGUCCUCUGGAAAGCAGUUUCCAGCUGGAAGUUGAUGUCCUGAGUCAUCUCCUGAAGGCCCAGGCUCAGGUCUCGGAGUGGAAGUUCCUCCCGUCUCUGGUUAACUUGCACAGUGCUCACACCAAGCUGCAGACCUGGGGCCAGAUCUUUGAAAAGCAGCGUGAGACCAAGAAACAUCUGUUUGGAGGGCAAUCCCAGAAGGCCGUGCAGCCCCCACACCUUUUCCUUUGGCUGAUGAAACUCAAAAACAUGCUGCUUGCCAAGUUUAGCUUUUACUUUCACGAGGCCCUGAGCCGACAGACAACUGCUUCAGAAAUGAAAACGUUGACUGCAAAAGCCAACCCAGACCUUUUUGGAAAGAUUUCCAGCUUCAUCAGGAAAUACGAUGCUGCCAAUGUGUCCUUAAUCUUUGACAACCGGGGUUCUGAGAGCUUUCAGGGUCAUGGCUAUCACCACCCCCACUCCUACAGAGAGGCCCCGAAGGGCGUGGACCAGUACCCAGCCGUGGUGUCUCUGCCCAGCGACAGGCCUGUCAUGCACUGGCCCAACGUCAUCAUGAUCAUGACGGACCGCACGUCCGACCUCAACAGCUUGGAGAAGGUGGUCCACUUCUACGACGACAAAGUCCAGAGUACCUACUUCCUAACCCGCCCAGAACCUCACUUUACCAUUGUCGUCAUCUUUGAGUCAAAGAAAUCCGAGAGAGACUCCCAUUUUGUUUCCUUCCUCAAUGAGCUCUCCCUUGCCCUUAAGAACCCCAAGGUUUUUGCCAGUCUGAAACCUGGAUCCAAAGGUUAGCAGGUGAUUUGCACGAAAGGUUUGAAGACUGGAAGUUGUGUUCCUGAUUGCUCUGAUGAGCUACAGUGCGCUGUGAUUAGAGUUUCCAGCCAUUCCUGCCUCGUUCAGAGCUAAAUAAAGACAAAUCCUCCCUAAUUGUGUCACACACUUUAUAAGCAAUUAAGGCCGAUUGAGUUAAGUAUCCAAAGAGUAACCUAGGAAGUGAUCGUGGCUACCGUGUGUCUCCGCGGUUCAGCAAAGUCUUUUGGUGUUUUCUCCUAUUGUCCUGCAUUUGAUGUAGACCGAAUAUUUAUUGGCCUCUGAUUUUUCUUUCCAGAUGUUUUAUAUUGUCCUAAACAUUGUGUUCUAAUGCAGUUCCACAUGCCCUCUCCCUUCCCCUCCCUCCUGGAUGAGUAAUUGGGAUAAGAUAUUAAAUGGCCUUUUUAGAAUUAAAGGACUGUAUGUUUUCUAUUUCAUAAAUUGGCAAAUUAACAUGAAAUUAUUAGUUUUAUGAUUCUGACCUACAAAUUAAUAUUUUUGAUGCCCAAAUUAGGGUCUUGGUGAGGAAUUUCUCUCAGUUAUUGAUGUUGAAGGUGAGCAGAGUGUCACCAUGGCGUCAGGUUCAGCGCACCCUCACGCGGCUUCAGUAGCCGUGGGCUCUUGUGCGGUGAUCUGCACACCUGACUGCAUUUGUGUUUAUCCUUAUAAUGUUUGAGUUUUUCACUCUGGUUUAAAGGCAGCAUCAGCCAUUCUUUGGGGUUUCCUCCUGCUUCAGCGUGUUAUCUGCUCUGCUUUCUGUUGAUCACCUUUCUGCUGCGAUGUAUGUUCACGUUUGACUCUGCUCCCUGGUUAUUUUUAGGCUGAAAAAGCAUGCAGUCUUGGCUUUUCAGCCACUUAGACAUUCAUGCGACUUAACCUACUUUUAUAAAAUCAAAAUGGAAUUGCUGUACUUGCUAAAGAUCAAUUGUGCAUUCCAAAGACCUCUUCAUAGUUGAGUAACCAACUCAGUACUUAAGCACAUCUGAGCUUGGGUUUCCUGCCCGUCUCCUGCAUAUUAUUCUUGGAAGCAGUGAUACAUCUUAGCACGGCCGCUUGAACACUUCCCUUAGCAGGUGUUGGAGGAGCAGUAGAUGGAUCAGCAAGGGCAUAAUAGGCUGUGGAGACCUUCACUCACUUCUAGUAUUGAUUCAGAAUAAAGAUCAGCCACAAAGAGUAA